AUGGAAAUUGUAUGUGAUUCCUAUUCCGAAAAGCACAAAGUAAUUUAUAAAUGGAAGAUUCAUGAAAUAAUAGCAUUUAUUGAGUCUACUAAAAACGAUGAAGGUCCAGUAGAGCUUAAGUCAUCAAACUUUACUGCAAAUGGCAAGGAUGAAGAUUCAUGGUAUUUACAACUGAAUCUAUUAGAUGAAAACGGAUGGAUAUCACUAUAUUUGUGUCGAAAGGAUGGGAAAAAUAAAAAAGAUGAUCUUAUACCAAAUAACACCUUAACUGUAGGUGUUGGUAUAACUGUUUAUGACGAUUAUAAAUCAUUUAAUACUGAUUAUCCGUUGCAAAAACGACAGCGUAAAAUAACUGAUGAUCUUAAAGAACUCUAUGACAGUAAAAUAAACAGUGACGUUAUUUUAGUUGUGGGCAAUGAAAAAUUUAAAGCUCACAAGUUCAUACUGUCAACUCGCAGUCCUGUAUAA